GAGGAGGCGCGGUUUCCCAGACUUUGUGUGGCAGUCACAAGGUUUGGGACUGCUGCCCGCCGCAUGAAAUGAGAGGAGGGGGAGGCAGAAAAAAAAAUGCGAGGCACAAGAAAAAGCACGUGUAGUGGGUGGUCCCGGGCACACGGCUUUCACGUGGCUCUAGCGAGCGCCGAGCCCGAGCCGAGCAAAACCACCGUCAGUCCGGUGCAGCAGCAGCAGGAGACAGCAUCAGCAUGGCCGUGGACAUGGAGCCCUCCGAUGUGAUCCGCCUGAUAAUGCAGUACCUGAAGGAGAACAACCUCUACCGAACGCUGACCACCUUGCAAGAGGAAACCACCGUCUCCCUCAACACGGUGGAGAGCAUCGACAGCUUCAUCGCAGAUAUCAACAGGGGCCACUGGGACUCUGUGCUGCUGGCCAUCGAGUCCCUCAAGUUGCCCGACAACACGCUCAUUGACCUUUAUGAGCAGGUUGUGAUGGAGCUCAUUGAGAUGCGUGAGGUGGGCGCAGCUCGCUCUCUCCUCAGACAAACCGACCCCAUGAUCAUGCUGAAGCAGACCCAGCCAGAGAGGUUCAGCCAUCUGGAGAACCUGCUGACGUGCUCCUACUUUGACCCUCGCGAGGCGUAUCCUAAAGGCAGCAGCAAGGAGAAACGCCGCAGAGCCAUCGCCGAGGCUCUGGUGAGGGAGGUCAGCGUGGUGCCUCCUUCUCGCCUCAUGGGGCUCCUGGAACAAGUCGGCUCGUUGAGACUGCAGCAGUAUCCAGGACAUCUCUCCCCUGACAUGGCCAUAGAAACAUCUAACAACAACAAGGGGAGACAUGUGGAGAAAGAGAGCUUCCCAACGCAGCUGUACCGCCACAUCAAGUUUGGACGACGGUCACAUGUGGAAUGUGCCCGUUUCUCACCUGAUGGAAAGUAUUUAGUCACCGGCUCAGUGGAUGGGUUUAUUGAGGUCUGGAACUUCUACACUGGAAAAAUUAGCAAGGAGUUAAAGUAUCAGGCCCAGGACAGCUUCAUGAUGAUGGAUGACGCUGUGCUGUGCAUGUGCUUCAGCCAGGAUACAGACCUGCUGGCCACUGGAGCUCAGAAUGGCAAAAUAAAGGUGUGGAAGAUCCAGAGUGGCUUGUGCCUGCGCAGGUUUGAGCACGCUCACAGCAAAGGCGUGACUUGUCUGAGCUUCUCCAAGGACAGCAACCAGAUCCUCAGCGCUUCCUUUGACCAGACCCUCAGAAUCCAUGAACUGAGGUCAGGCAAGACGCUAAAGGAGUUAAAUGGCCACUCAUCAUUUGUAAAUGAUGCGUCUUUCACUCAAGACGGAUGUCACAUUAUCAGCGCCUCAUCUGACGGCACUGUCAAGAUUUGGAACACAAAGUCCUGCGAAUGCAUCCACACCUUCAAGUCUCUGUCAAGGACAUCAGAUGUCCCCGUCAAUAACGUGCUCCCUCUGCCCCAAAACCCAGAGCACUUUGUGGUUUGUAACCACUCAAACACAGUGGUGGUCCUGAGCAUGCACGGCCAGACUGUGAAGACCUUCAGCCCAAACAGAAAGGAAAGCGCAGACUUUGUGUGUUGCACCCUGUCACCCCGUGGGGAGUGGAUUUACUGUGUGGGAGAGGACUUAGUGCUGUACUGCUUCAACUAUACGACAGGAAGGCUGGAGAAAACGCUGACUGUUCACGAGAAAGAUGUAAUUGGCAUCGCUCACCACCCACAUGAGAAUCUGAUCGCCACAUACAGCGAGGACGGUCUGCUGAGGCUAUGGAAACCUUAAACCGUCGCCUGCAUCGUAAUGAGGAGGACCUAGACAGCCGCUGAUACGGUUAUAGAGCAGCUCAUUCAAUUCUGUUUAACUAUGCAGGUAACAAAUAUUAAUAAAACACUUGGAUGCCACCGAUAAAUGAUUAUAGUGCACUGGUAAGGUCUAUUUUGUGGCCGUUUUGAUCAAUUCACAUAAUCUUCAUGAGCAGGUGGAUUUUCCAAUUAGUUAUGGAAUUGUAGACGCUCAAGUUUUUUUUUUUAAAAGAACUUUAAGGAUUUGUUUUUCCAUGUUGGUUCUGAAAAAAGAGAUUCAUAGAUUCAAAUGGAUGACCAAAAGCUGCAGAUCAGGACAGAUACUAAACUGUACUUUUCAUGUAAUUAAAAAAAAAAAAUCAUUGUCAUUUCUACUAAUCACUUUAUUCAACAAGUACAGCCGAUGCCAGCAUUUUGCAACAAAUGGAAAAAUCUUUUUCCCAAACAGUCUUUUAAAACCUAAAAUAUAAAGCUAUCGAUACUUUUUUUAUCGUCAAAAAAUGCUACAAAAAAAGACCACAACCAGCUAUACUUUCCAAAUUACCUCCCAUGUCUUUUCUUUUUUCAUCUACAUAACCUACUUUUACCAAAUCUUACCGUUAGCUAUUUGUACGCUUAUUUAAAAUGAGUUUUAUUUAUCGAUUCAAUGAUAAACUCUUUGCUUUAUUACCUUAUGCGACGCUGUCUAGGUCCUCCAUGCUGUACACACUCGUGGAUCCAGCUUCACCAGUGCAGUUUGAAUCCCCAUUUUCAUCUCUUCUGUCGUUAUUAGACAUGAAAAUGCAUGAUGGUGAACUGUCGUGAAAACAUUUCUAAUAACAGCCGCCUCUUGUUUGGGCCUAAACAAACAAUAUCAGGUAAACGAUUGGUCAGCAUUGGUUUAUAAUAAUGUUUUGUAUCUUUAAUGCAAUGAUCAUGACUUGUUUGGUUCUCCGUGUUCCCUGCAUGCUACCUCGGUGCACUGUGUAAAUGUGGCUCUACAAUAAUUUUAGUACUCCUUCAAAAUAUGCAUGAUGACUACUGAUAAACCUCAAUGGAGCUCCAGUGACACAUUCUGUAUCCUGUAUGUAAAUAAUGUUAAAUGUGGUCAUUGACUAUAAUCGGUGUUCCUGUGCAUUAGUAGGACGUGCAACGCCUGCAAGAGACAGCUUCUCCUUCUACCAGUGUUUAGUAUUUGUACUAUCUGGUACUACCAUGUCUGUGUGCUAUCAGCUACCUGUCACAGCAGAAUAAUGUUGAAGUCAUUGCACUCUAUUUUUGGUAUAUCCAUUCACAUGUAUAGAACACUGAACAUUAAAAAUGAUUAUCAAUAAAAUUCAAAAAAUCUUCACA